GAGAGUCCGGAGGGAAGGAGGAAAAUAAAUAAAUAAUGGCGGUUGAAUCGGAGGAUGUGGUGGUGGGCAGGCGAAAGCAAGAGCAUUUUCAUGUGCUGGCAGUAGAUGACAGUGUCAUCGACAGGAAGCUUUUAGAGAGGCUCCUUACAGUUUCUUCAUGCAAAGUGACCUGCGUGGAUUCUGGGGAUAAAGCUUUGAAGUACCUUGGUCUGCUUGAUGACCUUCACAAUAUUGAUGCUACCUCCUCUUCCCUUUCACCUUCGUCUUCUCCUGAUCAAUCGCUCCACCAUGAGGGAUCUCCUUGGAAAGACAUACCCGUCGUCAUUAUGUCAUCAGAAAACGUGCCUUCAAGAAUCAGCAUGUGCCUGGAAGGAGGAGCAGAGGAGUUUCUCUUGAAGCCUCUUCAGUUAUCAGAUUUGGAGAAGCUCCAACCCUACUUCCUGAAACUACCCGACAAUUCCUGCGAAGGAGAAUGCAUAUCUACCGACAAUAGCUAUAAUAACUGUAAUAGUAUUAGCAAACGGAAGGCGACGUCACCGGAACCUAGGGAGAGAUCAAGAUCCAAGAUGAAAGAAUUAGAGGUUGUGUGAAUGGAAAAAUAAAGUAAUUUUCAUCUCAAGAGGUUGCUGAAUUUGUAGAGCGUUGUAACAUGGCAGCCAUAUAUAUGCAAAUCCCAAGCAUAUCAUAUCUGAGUAGUGCUUUCUGUUCUGAUAACCACAUCAUUUUUCUUCUUUGGGCGUUCACCGUUAAAUCACUUCGAGACUUUCAUUAUGUUGGGCUUUUAGAAGUAACGCCACGUACGUUCGCAACCCAUUUUUCUAUUCUGUG